AAGCAUGACGUCACUUCUCAAAAUGGCGCUGUGAACAACAAACUUUGUUUUCAACGCGAACCUUUUUAGGGAAUAUUUUGCGAUUUAGAAAAGUAUUUUUUAACUAGCCCGAAAGUUUAAACCCGUGUCUCCGCAGAUCCGAAUUGAACCAGGACUAAACCAGGUCUAAAUCACGUUUAAACCAGGUCUAAUUCAGGAUUAAUCCAAGUCUAAACCGGGACUAGCCCAGGACCGAACCAGUUCCAAAGUGAAGCAGGUGUAUGAGGAGAAAUGUGCGGGGUCCCGGUGCAGCUGAGAGAGGCAGUGAAGCAGCGUCUGGCUGCGGCUGCGGAGGAGAUCUUUGAGCUUUUGGAGAAAACCAUCGCAGAAUAUGAAGAAGAGACCGAGAGACAGAGACAGAGUCUCCUGGAGCAGCUGCUCCACACACGGGGACAAGCACAGGGACUCAAACCAGGGUCUGAGGAGGUGAAAACUGAAGAGACAUGGACCCCCCCUCUGCCCCAGGACCAGACCCAGGACUAUCCUCCCCACACCCAGGACCAUGCCCAGGACUAUCCUCCCCACACCCAGGAUCACACCCAGGACUACCCUCCCCACACUAAGAACCACACCCAGAACCACAGUCACACCUAUAGCCAUAACCAGACCGAAAGCCACAGCCAGAACCACACUCCCCCACUGCCUCAUAAUCAGACCCGGGACUGGCCUGAGUCCACCCACUGCCAGUACCAGAACAGCUCCCCUCACAGUCGGCCCCUGGACAACCGGACCCUGGCCUGGCCUGAGGCAGCUCCUCUGUCUCCCACGGGGGGCACUCUGCGUCACUUCUGCUCAUUCUGUGCUAAAGGCUUCAGGGUGGAGUGGCAGCUGAAGCGUCACAUGAGAGUUCACACCGGCGAGAGACCUUUCAGCUGUUCAUUCUGUGGGAGGAGCUUUUCUCGUAAAGACGCGCUCCGGGGUCAUGUGACCAUCCACACCGGCCGUGCGCCUGUGGGAGAUGGCACUAAGACGUGUCAGAUCUGUGGAAAAACUUUCCGAAGUGGUAAUCACUUGAGGCGUCACAUGACCGUGCACACCGGAGAAAAACCUUUCAGCUGUUCAGUCUGUGGGAGGAGCUUUUCCCGAGCAGAGAGUCUGAGGAAGCACAUGGACAUCCAUGCCGCAGGGAACGAGAGCAGCACUGCCAACCAGCCUUCAGGGGGCAGCAAAAGAGCACCGUGUUUAACUCCAAGCCCACACCAUACCACACCAUCCACACAAUAGAAGUGGACUAAGCGAGUGUGACGUCACCCACAGCGUUCGGCUCCAAAUAAAGUUCAUUGAGGCUAGCAUGUUAUAGCAGCUAAUCUGGAGACCAAUUCCAUAUUUGGCCCAGUGUGUAUUAUAGCAACCAAAGAGCCAAUCAGUAGCAAGGCAGUUGAAGGCAACAAAUUUUUCCUACCCACAGGGAGCGGGUACUAGCAGGAGUGACCUCUGUGAAAGAAGGCACCUGAUUGGUCUGUAUGUUCAUUUAGGGACAAAAUUGUGAAAUAAAAACUCAAGGGUCAUGUACAGUGAGUUAAACAAACAUUUUACGGUCAGAAUGAUGAGGUUGACGGCAGAAGCACUUUCAAUAGAAAAUGAAUUGGAGCCGAUGGAGCCUAAUAGGGACUCAUGCUCACUUCCUGUUUCGAUUGUGACGGCUAGCGGGUUAGCCAUGUCCAGAGAUAUAUGUAUAUAAAGUAUGGUCCACCCCCAACUGAAACCUUUCAGCUGUUCAGUUUGUGAAAAGAAGCAGUGCCUGAAGGGACAAGAAACAAGAGAAAGGAACAACAAUGAGCUCCACCCACUGCAAUGACUAAACCAGGGACUGGACCGGGGACUGGACCGGGGACUGGACCGGGGACUGGACCGGGGACUGAACCGGGGACUGAACCGGGGACUGAACCGGGGACUGAACUAUCAGCACAGAUCCAGGGAAUAGUUCUGUUUGUUAUCAGUGACAUUGGUUCAGGGUUUUGGCCAGUUUUAUGCCUUUUGUUUUUUACUUUUCAUGUAUUUGGGGAAGUUAAUUUGUUUCAUGAAGAAUAAAUUAAUAAUUCCAGCAUGUUUCGAUCAGUUUUGUGACAAGUUUACAGUGUUUUUACAGAAAGAAUUGUCUGUUUUGUUGUCUGAACUUUUUAUCAUAAGCAACAAAUAAUUGUGAAUGUCUGUACUUUUCAUGAAACCUUUUAUAAAGUCAGAUUUUAAAAGGCCGG